GAAAAAAUGCCAUGAUAAAUUUCUUAUCUUAUAAUAUCAAUCAAUUAACUAAUCUCAGAAAAAUGACUCACCGCUUUAAUUGUUAAAUUAUUCCAGCAUUUUAAAUCGCAUUAUUUAAUGUUGUUUUAUAGAAAGAAAAUUCGACUCGAUUAGUCGAUAGUUGAAUUCAUUUUGGUAAUUGGUCAAGAAUUAUCAUGUAAGUGCAUUUGUAUUUGCGCGAAAUAACAGUAUUUGCAGUUCUUAUGUAAAUCAGCGCAAGAGGCGGAGAAGGAGGAGCUCGUGCCUCCCAGAAUUAUAUUAAUUAGCUCAGCGCACAUUUCACUCGUGGACAAACUAGUUUCACGAUUUUCGUAAUCGCCAUCGAGACGGUCGAUUUUGAAAGUCGACGACCGAAGCGACGGAGUCGUACAUGUGUAUUUCUAGUAAGUAGAAAUAGGAGCCCGAAACACUCUUGCCGGGGACCUGUUGUGGGUGAUCCUACGACCAGAAAUAACGUCGGGAUCUCUGAGAGAAGCGCAUUCCAAAAGGAAGGGCAACGAGAGAGGAGGGGAGAGACAGCGUACUUGGGAUAGGGAAAGGAGAGGAUUUUGUUAUAGCGGCAAGUCCCUUAUAUAUAAACGAGACCCGGUCAUCAAACACAUUGGCGUGCGGCGUCACAAUAACGUAUUAUCUCCUAUCGUAAUAAUCGCUUACGGUAAUUGGAAAAAGGUGUGAAGUAAAGAGAUGGACGCUACGGAACUGCGUCUGCAUCCGCCGUGGAGUCAUCAGAGCGCCAUUUAGGCUGCAGCUAACGCGAAAAUAACGAAUACUAUGAUAACAAGAGUUAAUAGUUCUAAUGACAGAGAAAGAGAGAGAGAAAGGGAGAGAAGAAGAGCAGAUUCCAAGCAACACGCAAGGAAAAUGGGAAGGAAGACACGAGGGACAAGACCAGCUACGGUAGAUAGACCAAAAAUUCGAGGGAAUCACGGAGAGCGACGGUGAGAGAGUGAAGUGACUGAGGAGACAUGGAACGAAGAAGAGCUCGCGCAAACGGAAGAAAAAGAGAGAGAGAAAGAGAGAGAAAGAGACAGGAGAGAGAGAGAAAAGAGAAUCAAGAGAUGCGUCGACGCGCAUCCCGUAGCAUAGAAAGGACCUUUCGGGGUUCUCUCGGCUGGAGUGGACCCGGAUGCCCUUCGUUGGGCCGUAUUGUCCCUGGCGAACCACUCACGGUAUGCGGGGUGCAAGAGAGGGGGAGCCGGGUAGAGAGCGAGAGGGGAGUGCUCCAAGGGACCCCAGCAGGGCACCCAACUUAACUCACCGAGCAAAACGGUCAAAACGCAACGAAACGGAGUCACUCACCUUGUCGCUCGUUCGUGCUACGUUGCGCUUCGUCGAUGUCUUCUUCGUCAUUCACCGUCGCGACGGUCGUUUGCGACUACGCCAGCACCACUGUCGACACUGUGACGAUUAACGACAGUAUGCUACACCAAGCACAUGUCAAGGUACGCCGUGUCGGCGCGCCGCAUUGUCCUGCGCCAGUCUCGGUUUGAAAAGUGAUCCUCGACGCGGGCGAGAGCGAAGCACAGAACUCACGCGGAUCCUCCGGGAACCAGCACGGGAUCCUCUCUAUCCUGCCAUCGCGUCGUCCACCGUGUUCUAUCUCUCUCUCUUUCCUCUUCUCAGUCCGGGAUUCACUGUCCGGUAUGUCGCACAGGCUGCGCAGUCGCUCACGUGCGUGCCGAUCGUCGCGGAUAAGACGCGAAAAAUGCGAGACGCGGGUACCGCGCGCGCACCGCACCGCUCUGAAGCGGCAGAUAAGUGUGACAAACGCCGACUCGAUGUGUUGCCGUUUGACCUGCCUGCGAACUGACCAAUCGCCGUGCAGGUGGCAUCCCGCUGGUCCCUGGUGCGGCGACAGCAGGGGAGGAGACACGCGGCCUGACCACCUGCCGCGCGACCUGCUGGGGCCUGGUGCAAACGGUCCCAUGGAUCGGGCCCCGACCUGGGGAUGAUAGCCUGCCGACGCUUCUGAUCAGUCGUUGGUAACAUAGAGUCUGGCCAACCUGGACGAUGGUUCUACGUUGCCGAUAUUGAACGUUCAUCUGUUACGUUAUCAUCGAAUGAAAGAAGAACUCUAGCAGGUUUGCAGAGGGACGCGCGCACGUUUACGUCUCUGAAACCUUUCGUAAAAUUUGCUCGUUUACCAACUGCCAACAUUUUACUGGAUUGACCAUGUUUAUUGCGCUAAUUACGUCAUGGUGUUGCGCAUCAGGCGAUUUAAAUCCGCCUGACUGGGAUAUAGAGAACCUAAUUUAAUCUAACCUUCGCUCUUCUUCUAAUCGAGAGUUUCAGAAACAUAUACUCUGAAUGAAAAAAUGUCUAAAAAAUAGUAAAUAUUUAUUUGGAAGACUAUAAUAACAUAUUUACUUAAACCUAAAUUUUUUAAAUAGAAUAAACACAGCAAGUGUGUAUAAAUGUUUUAUAACUUGCUGUUAUAAAAAGUUAAGGUUUUCCUAAGAUCUUCAGAAAAUAUAUAUUUUCUUAUUUAAAAAAUAUUUUAUACACUGAAAAAUUGAUAUUCUUGUUCUUAGAAAAAUUCUUUAAAAUACUCGAGUCAAAAUUUUAAUCCUACUUUCAGCCUCACUAUUCUAUUCAAUACUUAUUUUGAUAUUCUGAAACCUAUAAUAUAACCUAUUUUACUAAAGAAUGCUAAAGAAAAUAAAAAAGGAAAUCUUGGAUAUCAUUAGAGUUAAAAUAGAAGUAAAUUAUAUUAUUAGAAUUAAAUCUAUUUUGUUAAUUUGGCUCUUAUUGCGUUGUAGAAUUCAAAGUUUAACAUAGGGCCGAGAUUUCGACUUAUAGUAGUAAGCAUCAAAUAUAAAACAUUCUCUCUAGGAGAAAAUUUCCUAUCAACACAGGAGAAAUAAAUUUUAUGUUUAGAAUAUUUUGCACUUAAUGCCAAUUUUGUAGGAUUUUUCUAAGAAUAAGAAUAUCAAUUUUUCAAUGUAGCUAGCUUAAGCUAUCUAGCGUUAUGGGCUUCUUAUAUCUAGAACAUCUAAAUUUAAAUGAUCACAAAGUGUCAAGAGGAUGAAAUCAGAGGGAGGGGGUAAGGUAUUCAGCUUUGGGUGAGGUAUAUAGCUUAUAUUUUCCACAGGGUUUUUAGAGAGUAACUAAGCAAAAUUUGGUCUAGAUCAAUCAAAGGGUUUAAGGGUUAAAGAACGUACUAAUAUAUAUGACAGACAUUAUAUAUUAAUAUAAAUAAAUAUUAUGUUAUUAGUAUGUAGUCACCGUAAACAAAUAUUUACUAUUCUAUUCUCUUUACUAUUCUAUUUCUUAGAUAUUUUUUCUCUUAGCGUAUAUGUGUGUGCUAAUAAUAUAUUAAUCGAAAAAAUGCAAUUUUGAUAUGUCAUCGAUAUUUAAUAAUUGAUAUGUCAUCAAUUAUUAUGAACAAUCUGCAUCGGUCGACAAAAUGUGAAAAACGAUUAGUAAGAGAAGGUUCAUUAGUAAGAGAAGGUUACUUUAACGGUCUUAUAAUUAAUCGUUAAUCCGCGCGAAUGAAUUAAUGACGCAUUGUCAGGAAUGUCAAAGCGAGCACAUUCGCCGCGUAAGCGCAACAAUGAUGCCCGUACAUAAUAAUUUUGCAACAAUUACAUACGCAACGAAAUUUACUGCCGGAUCACGCGUCGUCGCGAUAAGGUUAGUGAAAAAAACAGGUGCGUUUGGAUGCUUAUCGCAGCGGUGAUGAGGCCCGAUAUCGCUCGGCGACAUCGAGAGACGCGGGGAAAAUAUUACGAGGCAGGCCUGUGCACGGUGCUUCAAGGCUGUGACCCGGCGUAGGUACUUAUUGUAUCAAGUCUCGUUAACGGAGAUGUUCAUUCACUCGCACCGCCAGAUGACCAGUAUGGCUCGCGUAACUCGUUGCCGCCGCGUCCCGCGCGUAUCGCGGUGCGAUAGUGACCGGAAAGAAGGACGGAUGUUCGGAUGAGAUGUGCUCGACACGUUGUUCCCGCAUCAUGGAAACGCAAUCGAAGUGCCAGCACGUUUGAUGACGAUGGCGGCGCUGGUACGUCUUAAACGCAGUAGCGUCCAACUAAGACACGCAGCGCUCGAGGUUAAAGCGACUGUACGAGCGCGACACGUCGUCGCCGCGUUGGUCGCAGUUGGAUUUGCGCUUUGUGGCGCAGUCGAAGUCAGUUCCUCCGUCGCACUGCUGGCAAAUCAGGAAGACAAUCAUGCUAUCAUCGACAUGUCUUGGCACUGCGACAUGCUGGUCAAUAUCACCAGCCGCAACCGCACCGAGGACUUCGAGGUUAUACUAUUGGAGCUGCCACAGGAGGAACGAGCGGAGUCAAUUAUGCGUGAGGCUUUCUUAUGGGGACAGGUGGCCGGGCCUAUCUUGGGAGGUUGCCUGGUGUGGGGUCGAUCCGGGCCCUCCAUGGUGUUCUCACGAGCGGUUCUUAGCGCCUGUUUAGCAUCCUUAUUAGUACCCGCCGCUUGGCGGGGACCAUCGCACGUCGCUCUACGCUUGUUUCAAGGAUUAUGUACCGGCGCGACCAUGCCCGCUGCUCACAUGUUCGCUAUGACCUGGUUUAAGAGCAACCACAGGAGCUGGUACUUCAGUUGUUACGCAGCCGUCAGCGUGGGUUAUUGCCUCACCGGAUGGCUGGGCACCGCGGUGGUGCGAACGUUCGGCCGUGAUUCUCUGUGUUACGGUCUGGUUCUCCUGGCUCUAUGCUGGUACUUCGCCUUUGGCCGAUUCGUCAAGGACACACCCAAGUCCUAUCAACACGACACAACCGCGGCUGUGAUACCAUGGGGAAAACUCUUGAGAUCCGUACCCGUCUGGGCGUCCGCGGUGGCGACCAUGGGAAAUCAAUGGGGCGACGCGACACUCGCCCUUGGCAUGACAAAGUACCUGAAACUCAUCUAUGGCUUCUCCACAGCUAACGAUUCAGUGCUAACCACGUUACCUCACAUCGGUCACUUCAUGGCUGCGCUGACCUGCGGUCUUCUCGUCGAUCACGUCCGCGAGUCUGGUAUAGUUUCCACGACUACCGCGAGAAAGUUGGUCGUCUACACAGCGCACUUCAUCCCCGCGGCGCUCCUCUUCGUCGCCGGUUACGCCGGCUGUCAGGCCUUGGGCGCUGCCUGGCUGGGGAUAGCAGCCCUCCUCGUUUCCGGUACUGCACCAGCCGGUGCACUCGCUGCCAUAGCUGACCUCGCACCUGCGGAAUCGCCGGCGUGCGCCGCGGCGGCGUGCGCGCUCUGCUCCACUUUGGGAGCCGCGGGAUUGCUGGCCGCCAAUUACUUCGUCACUCAGGCUCUUCAUGGCUCCAUCGCUGGCUCUUGGCGAUUGGUGUUUGGUGUCGCGUCCGUUGUUCUGUUAACGACCGCUGCGGUCUUCCUGGCUCUUGGCAAAGGCGUCCCGCAGCCGUGGAUACCGUCCGUGGCAAGACCGCGGAGUCACGACGUAAUCUACGAGCAAGACACGCUGGAGCUCGAUUACGAGGACGUGGGUGUACAGACCGAGCCCUUUGGGCCGUACGCGUUGGAGGAUGAUGUUGAGAGUCUAAAGAAUGUGCCGCGUUCCGCGUCGAUUCACUCGAAGGUCUCGAUAACUUCCAACUAAAUCGCUAUUGUCUUUAGGUGAAAAUCGUCCCCGUGCCAUUUUCACGUCUCGUCCUGCAACAAGGAUAAUCUAUUCCUGCGCGAUUGCCACGAUAAAGUCUAGUGUACAGUGAAUACGUACUGCGAGUAUACCAUUAACACGAUAAAUGUAUAUAAAGUUUUACGAGCAAGGAUUAUAGGAGUGCACGAGAACACGUUUUUAUACGAUUAGCACAGAUUGUUCUCGGAGUAUACCACGAUAGUGAAAAGAUUAAAAAUAGAAUAUAUGAUAAUUAAAACUG